AUGGCUGGUACUGUUGCAGUCCUAAGGACGAGCCCUAUUCGUGUCGGUGGACAGUUGGACGAGUCUCGAGCUUAUUUUCACAGACUAUUCUGGACGUUUCCACCGUGUAUCGAGGUAUUUCGUCAUUGCAAGCCCUUAGUUAGUAUUGACGGCACCCAUCUGUAUGGCAAGUAUGGGGAAACGUUGCUUGUCGCGAUUGCACAGGACGAGAACUCCAACAUACUCCCUGUUGCAUUCGCAUUAGUCGAGGGUGAGAAUGCUGAGUUGUGGUCCUUCUUUCUCUCCCACCUGCGUGAGCAUGUGACACCGCAGCCGGGUCUGCUGGUUAUCUUGAACAGGCAUAAUAGCAUCAAGGCCGCGCUUGAGGCUCCUGACAGAGGCUGGUUACCUCCGUCUGCAUACAGGGCAUUCUGCAUUCGUCAUGUUGCGGCAAAUUUCGCCCUCACCUUCAAGGGCAAAGACGCAAGGAGGCUACUUGUGAAUGCGGCGUACGCUAAGACCGAGGUCGAGUUCCAUUACUGGUUUGAUAUUCUUAGGUCCGAAGACCCGGCGAUGUGUGAUUGGGCGAACCGGAUUGAGUAUUCGUUGUGGACACAACAUUGUGAUGAGGGGCGUAGAUUCGGACACAUGACGACAAAUAUAUCUGAGUGUGUGAACUCGAUCCUCAAGGGUGUCAGAAACCUUCCUGUGUGCUCGCUGGUGAAGGCAACAUACGGAAGGUUGGCCGAAUUAUUUGUUCGCAAAGGGAGAGAGGCUGAGGCGCAGAUGGAAACCGGACAACAAUUUAGUCAGCACUUGAUGAAGUGUAUAGAGGCCAACUUGAAGACGGCUAGGUGCUUCACGGUUACUGUGUACGACAGGGAUAACUCCGAGUUCACUGUCGCAGAGACAACUCCGACUGGUUCUUUCUCACUGGGUAGCUACAGAGUCUCGCUUGCAUCUCAGACAUGUGACUGCGGAUACUUCCAAGCACUUCAUUUCCCGUGUCCCCACACAAUGGCAUGCUGUGCCUACUCACGGCUUACAUGGGAGCCUUACGUCCACCAGGUGUAUCGUCUUAGUUCGGUCUUUAGUGUGUAUCGGAUGGGUUUCACACCUCCCAUUCCGAAGGGUUUCUGGCCACCAUAUGAUGGGCCGACUGUCAUCCCUGACCCCAAUAAGAGGCGUGCGAGAGAGGGUCGUCCGAGGUCCACUCGGAUACGGACCAAUAUGGACGAGGCAGAUCCGAACCGGCCAAAGAGAUGUGGGCUUUGUCGGCAGUCCGACCACACACGUCAGAGUUGCCCACAGCUCGGAGGAGCAGAGCACACACGGAGGCAUGAUUAG